AUACAUACAUACUAUACAUCAUAUCAUUAUUUCUAUCACCUCUGGCAUUUUUUUCAAGGGGGUACAAUGACAUAUUGACCCUGUCAGUCAACAAUUAGUAAAUAUUCGUUACACUCUACACCUGUCGAAACUGGGCGCUGAUUAGUAAUGUACUACGUAAUUGGUAAUUAAUAUUGUAUUAAUUACGUCCUAAUGAGUUCGUCACACCACGAAGUUUAAAAUAGCAAUACACCGCAGCUACGGCAGCCUCGGAGGCCAAACAGGCGGAAAACGCGCGUUCUGUAUUUACCUUUUGUCGAUGAUGGGAAUUUAUGUUUCGGAGACUGAGCGAAGAAAGGCAGGGUGGGAGGGAUAGGAGUGAUGGGCCCGGAAUGGAGCUGGGAAGCUUUCGCGGGAGCCCCGCCGGCUCGGGCGGCCCCGAAUCACCUGACCGGCGGGAGGAGACGCCCGGUGGGGAGGCUGAGGGGAAGGACGCGGCCGCCCGGCGCGGAGGGCAUGAUGGAGCGGGCACAGGUGCCGGGGAGAGCAAGGAGGCGCAAGAUGGUGCUGGGCACUACCGAGGAGAGGAGGAGGAGGAUGGGUACGAGGAAGAAUUAGACCCCAGGAUUCAGGAGGAGUUGGAACACCUUAAUGAAGCCAGUGAGGAGAUUAACAAGCUGGAGCUGCAGCUGGAUGAUGCCAGGUCGGGGUACAGGCGGAUCCUCACGGACUCGGCCAGGAAGCUGAACGCCCAAGGCUCCCAGCUGGGAAGCUGCAUCGAGAAGGCCAGGCCGUACUACGAGGCCCGGAGGCUGGCCAAGGAGGCCCAGCAAGAGACCCAGAAGGCGGCCCUGAGCUACGAGCGGGCCGUCUCCAUGCACACGGCGGCCAGGGAGAUGGUGUACGUGGCGGAGCAGGGGCUCCUGGCAGACAAGAACACGUUGGAUCCGACCUGGCAGGAGAUGCUGAACCACGCCACCUCCAAGGUGAACGAGGCCGAGGAGGAGCGGCUGCGCAGCGAGCGGGAGCACCAGCGGGUCACGCAGCUGUGCCAGGACGCUGAGGCCCGAGUGCAGACCCUGCAGAAGGCUCUGAAGAGGGUGAUCAUCAAGUCCAAGCCCUACUUUGAGCUCAAGGCCCAGUUCAAUUACAUCCUGGAGGAGCACAGGACCAAAGUGCUGCAGUUAGAGGAGCGCGUGUCAAAAGUGAAGACGCGCUACUCUGUUGCCCUGCGUAACCUGGAGCAAAUCAGCGAGCAGAUCCAUGCCCAGCGGGGGCGGAGCCGAGCCACAAAAAGGAAAACCAAGUCAUGUGGUGGGAGGAGCCCCCCCAUCGGGGCGGAGUCUGACCUUGGAGCUGCGAGUGAGGGCGGAGCCUGUGGUGGAGGGACAAUACAGGCCACCUGGGCUGAUGGAAACAGGAGUGCAGAGAAAACCAGGGAGUGGGUGGAAAGGCACAGGGAGAUUGGCUGGGGGCAGAAGGAGAGGCUGGAAGCUGAGAGGGCCGGCUCAGACACCCUGUCGGUCCUCAGCCUGCAGACCAUCGCUUCCGACUUGGAAAAAUGCGAUUCGGUGGAACAUCUCGGGGAUUUCGUCAGUGACGUGGUCAGCCUGUCAGGAGAGGAGGAGGAGAGGGACAGGAUUGCGAAAGAUGAGGGCGGGUCAAGUUGCGAGGUGACGGCCGACCUACCGAGGCAGGACAGACCAGCCAGGGAGACAGAGACACGGGGAAAGGCGACACAGCAGUGUUUUGUUAAACAGCAUCACCGGAGUGUCAGCUUGUAAUACAGGUGCUUUAGGGCCUGAGGAUGUAAACAAACAUAUUACACAAGUGGUACGAAAGGGGGAAGGAGGAACACCUAGAAGGAAGUGAAGGGAGACGACUCAUGAGUAUUAGAAUUCAAUUCAUGCAAAGUUACUAGCAGAUUGAAAUUGUAGGUUCUCCGCACACACAGAGAUUCUCUUAUCCAUGCAGGUGCGGAUGUCUGAAUAAUCGCUGUGAUCUUGUCUGUUGAGGUGCAUCAUUAAAGAGAGAGACGCAACACUGGAGGAUGACUUCAUAGUGAUUGUAGGGAAAGGCAGAAGUCAUUAGAGUAUAAUCUGAAUGACAGACGGCACCACAGGAUAUUGCAGUUGUUCCCCCGACAGUUCGAAGAAAAUGUGAUUAUUCCUGAUAUGGAUUACAAGACGGACUGCUUCAUUUCUCUGUGGUCCAUUCAAUCCAAUCAUUUUCGUAUUCCAAACUCUUAUUCCAGUCAUUCCAAUCUCUUCUUUUCAAAAAGCAAUGUCAGGGGGAAACAAAUAAUUAACUUGCUGCGUGUGUUUUUCUUGCUUUUUAUAUCGAUUGAGGUUAACACAGAAGUUCUAAUACUAAUGAUACAGCUGACAUAAGAAGGCGAGCUGAGGAACAAAAAGUCAUGUUAAUUCUUUCUGAGCAGUGUAUAAUAUAACUGUAUUCACUUAGAUAAAUCUGCAUGGCGAAACACUGAAAUGUAAGACAGCUUACAAAAUCAAAUCAUGAUGCUGCUGGAUGUGACGUUUUAGCGUGAGAAUUUCAACUGUGAAAAAAAAUCAAAAUAGGUAUUUGUCUUUGAACUAAAUAUUAUUUUUUUAUUUGUCCUGCUUAACAAAUUUAGACAUGGUUUAAAGUAGCUGCGAUGUCCUGUGUCGCAGCUGUGAUUCUAAUGGUUUUUCAUCCUUGGCCCAUGAGAUGGUGACCUAGUUCUCUGUUAGGCACUGGC